GUGCGUGUAAACAGAGAGGGUCUAGGCUAACGCUGCUAAUGCUACCUCUGUACUCCCCUGCUCCUCCUCCUCCUCUGCCCCUCUUGGCUGGACUUUGCCCGCUCCCAUGGCCGGUGUUGCCCUAAAAACCUUCGCUGCUCGGCGUUUGGUCCAUUUGUCGCGAUUUGCUCGUCCGUCUCUUGUUCCCUGUUUAAAGCUUCACACAUCAGCGUCUCCUCUGAGGAUGGGAGCAUCGGUAGAGCAGUUUGAGGAGGCCAAGUCCAAACUCUCGACUCUCAAGAACGACCCAGGAAAUGAGGCCAAGCUGAAGAUCUACGCUCUGUUCAAGCAGUCUACAGUGGGAUGCUGCAGCACUGCCCGGCCUGGCAUGUUAGACUUCAUCAACAGAGCAAAGUGGGACGCGUGGAACGCCCUGGGAGACAUCUCACAGGAGGAUGCCCGUCAGCAAUACUGCGAUCUGAUUGGCUCUCUGGUGGCGGCUGAAGGAGGAAGUGCCACUUCUGUCGGCGCACAGCCUGCUGGGAGUUCGAGUUCACAGUACGAGACUCUUCUGGUGACUACAGAAAACAACAUCACAACCAUCAAACUGAACCGACCAACAAAGAAGAACGCCAUCACUACAGAGAUGUACAAUGAGAUCAUCGCUGCUCUGGAGCAGGCCUCCUCAGACUCCUCUGUGAUCACUGUCAUCACCGGAGCGGGAGACUUUUACUGCAGUGGCAACGACCUCACCAACUUUACCAAGAUACCUGAGGGAGGACUGGAGCAGAUGGCCAAGCAGGGAGGAGAGCUGCUCAGGCAGUACAUAAAGACGUACAUAGACUUCCCAAAGCCCCUGGUUGCUGUGGUGAAUGGUCCUGCCGUUGGGGUGUCCGUGACAGUGUUGGCACUGUUCGACCUGGUCUACGCCACAGAGCGGGCGACGUUUCACACUCCAUUCAGUCAGCUGGGCCAGAGCGCAGAGGGCUGCUCCUCCUACACCUUCCCCAAAAUGAUGGGACACGCCAAAGCCUGCGAGAUGCUGCUCUUUAAUAAGAAGCUGACUGCGGUUCAGGCCUGUGACUUGGGGCUUGUCACUGAGGUGUUUCCUGAUUCCAGUUUUCAGAAGGAAGUUUGGACCCGACUCAAAGCCUAUGCCCAGCUCCCCCCAAACUCCCUGUCCCUGUCCAAGCAGCUGAUCCGCUCUACAGAGAGGGAGCUUCUCCACCGUGUGAACGACGCUGAGGUGGAGCGACUGACAGAGCGCUGGCUCUCAGAUGAGUGCUUCAACGCCGUGAUGAACUUCUUCCAGGGCAGGGCCAAGCUCUGAGACCAGAACAUGGACUGAGACCAGGACUUGGACCAGGACUUGGACUAGGAUCAGGACUCUAACUAGGACCAGGAUUGGACCAGGCCAGCAUUGGACUGGACUGGACUGGACUAGACCAAACCAGGACUGGACUUUGACCGGGACUUUGACCGGGACUUUGACCGGGACUUUGACCGGGACUUUGACCGGGACUUUGACCGGGACUUUGACCGGGACGUGGACCGGGACGUGGACCGGGACUUGGACCGGGACGUGGACCGGGACUUGGACCGGGACGUGGACCGGGACGUGGACCGGGACUUGGACCGGGACUUGGACCGGGACUUGGACCGGGACUGUCCCCCCUCUCUAUCCAGUGAAAUGAAAAACCAGUUUAAUUGUGCUGAGUUUUUCUGUGUAAAAUGAAGAACUUGUUUCUCAGUUUCACAAAUGAUCCUUUGGUGUGGCAUCACUCUGGGAGUGUUCCACAUGUAUUGCUAUGGUGAAAUGUUUAGCAGUUACCAUGGUGACACAAUGCACAUAUUAGCAAACAUAGCUUAAGAUUGUAUGAAAACUCAAGAAAAAAUAGGAAAGUGAUUUAAACAGCACAUUUUCAGGAAUUUCCAAGAACACUCAGCACAUCUGAGUGUUCAUGGUCCUGUUUAGGAGUUUGAUUUUUCAAGAAAAAGGUGAGAGUGACUAACUGAAAACUGCUGGCUAAUGCUAGCUAUCUUUUGACUGUGAUGUUAUUUGAGAGAGACUUGUUUAAAUCAAAUCAUCUCACCUUACUGUUAGCAUCACACCCCCAGGGAAUGUUGAUGACAUCAGCUGCAAACUAUCAACCUUCUGAUGUAAUGACUUUGUUCCAAGGUUAUGCACUGACAUCAUUUUAUUUAAAACAAUUACCUUCAUCAUUCAGACUGAGGUAGAACUUUGAGCAGCUCAUCAGACAAAAUGUGAGUCUUUGUGUUGGAAAAAAAAGAAAUAGGACAAAAAAGACUCAAAUCAGGAGAAAAAGGUUGAGUUGAUCUGUGUCUGAUCUCAAGUCUGUGUCAGUGAUAAAUGUGAGUGUGUCUACAGAGACUCUGUUGUUUCAAUCUGGUUUUUUUUGGCUUGAUUUUCUUUUUUCAGGAAAAAACUAAAUAUUUCAGAGUUGUAGACUUUUAUAUUUGUUCUUAAUCUGUUGCAGCUCUUUCACAUUUUAAAUGUAGUAUUUGGAACUUUUACAGAACAAAAGGGGGCUCAUAAUGUUGCCGCUCUCUGAAGUUCCAAAUGUCAUCUGUAUCACCUCUGUACUGAAACUUUAAUCUCACAAAAGCCUCGUUCUCAAUGUUUACAGAGAUUCUGUUUAAUAUUUCUGUAGAAUUACAAAUGGAAAAAGUUUGUAAAAGUGCCUAAACUCUGACGUCACAUUUGUGUAAUAAAAUAAAUAUUUGGAAAGAUUAAAAUUGUUGUUUUAGUAUCAUCUGAUUUUACGACUUACUGUUCCUGCUUAUUACAGUGGCUCAAAAACAUAUAUUUCUUUGGUAACCAUUAAUAAAACAGUACUUCUCAGAGUGUUUUUAGACUCCAUCAGAGGAAGGUGGAGUAGCUAAACAUUGUACUCAAGUAAGGGUUACCUCAAAAAUAUUACUAAGGCAGAAGUACAAGUGCAUUAUUAUAAAUUAUAAAGAACAGACCCGUGUGGUCUGUGCAGACGUCCUUGUGGGAAGAGGACGCACAGCUUAUCAGCUCAUACACUUGAAUAGUAUCAGUUAUAAAUGAUCAUUUAUGUCAUUAUUUCAAGAAAAAAACCCAAAAAAAAAACCAUACAGUCCAUUCAUUUGUCUGGCUCCCCUCACUCAUCGGGGUCAGUAGCAGCAGCAGCACAUACUAAUGUCAUACACACUCAACUCAGCCCUUUGUCUCACAACAGGUGAUGAAUUUAAACGCAUCACUGUUCACUCUACAGUGAGUUCACUCUGUGGAAAAGUAGGUUAGCACAUGUAUUUAUUAAAUGUAUUUAUUAAAUGUAUUUAUAAGGGACUAAGACGAUGGACUGACUCAAUAUCUCACUUGUUUGUUGAACUUUGAUACGGGAACUCACAAUAGUUGGCAGGAAUUUUGGCCCAUUCUUCCUGACAGAACUGGUGAAACUGAGCCAAGUUUGUAGGCCGCUUUGCUCGCAUAGGUCUUUUCAGCUCUUCCCAUACAUUUUCAAUAAGACUGAGGUCAAGGUUUUGUGAUGGACACUCCAAACCAUUGACUUUGUUAUCCUUAAACCACUUUGUAACCAGUGCAGCAGUAUGCUUUGAGUCAUUGUCCUUUUGAAGGAGCGAUUUGUGCCCAAGCUUUAAAAAAAGUCCUGUCCUGUCUAAGUCCUG